AUGGUACUUGAUGAAGCAAAAUGCGCCCGGAAUCAUUUUUGCCCGGUCACUUUCCCGUACUUUGAAUUCUAUGCCAUUGCGGGUUUUUUUGCAGAGCAGCAGCAGCAACAGCAGCAGCAGGAGCCAGCGGAGCAGGAAGAGGGAGCACGAGAGGAACCGAGCCAGGGACUUGAGUUCCUGCGCCAGUUGCCCCAAUUUGAGCAACUUCGUGAAAUGGUCCAGUCCAAUCCGUCGCUUCUUCCUCAGAUCAUCCAGCAGAUCGCCCAGUCCAAUCCGGCGCUCAUGGAAGCCAUCCAGAAUAACCAGGAGGAAUUUGUUAAUAUGCUGAAUUCCGGAACAGCAGGAAGUGGUGGUGGUGGUGGCGGUGGCGGCGGCGGUGGUGGUGGAGGUGGUGCAGCACCGAUUGCUGGGCAAGUGCGCCACGUUGCCAUACCGAUUACCGAGACAGAAAGGGACGCAAUCAACCGAUUGAAAUCAAUGGGCUUCCCCGAGCAACUGGUCAUCGAGGCGUACUUUGCCUGCGAUAAGAACGAGGAAGUUGCUGCCAAUUAUAUAUUAGCGCGUAUGGACGAAGCGGCAGCUGAAUUUGAUGCGCUGGAGCACCAGGGUGACGAA